CCCCGAUUUCCCAUAACACAUUGCGCACCGAUCCUUGCUCCAGCUCUAGCUUGAAACAUAUGGAACGAACCUUUUUAUUUUGUUGUUUUAGCGAAUCGUUCAGACAUGGACAUUGAAUUGUACCUGAUAUCAGCUGCGAUUCUCGUCGUCUUGAUCAUAUUUGCUGUCAAGCUCCGGGGUACAACACAGCAAGCUGAUGCUGAGCAGCAAAGAGAUGUCGCCCGGGCUGCUGGUCGCCCUGCGCGGGUGGCUGAGGAGAGAGGAACUGGGAUGCCACGCAGAAGGAGGGGUCUUGCAAAUGUGAUGGCCAACAGACGGCCACAGAGGGAAGUCGUUGAGUCAGAAAUGGAACGAAGAGUGGAGGAAGCAGAUGAUGAUGAAGAGGAGGAGGAGGAAGGAGCACAGCCAAGUUUCCAGGCUACAGCUAAAGUUGGAGCAAAGAAGCAAAGAAAACUGGAGGAAAAACAGGCCAAGAAAGCCCAAAGAGAGGCCGAGCUUGAGGAGCGUGAAGAGAGGAAGAGGCUGCAGACACUGAGGGAGCAAGAAAGACAACAGCAGGAGGAGAAGGAACGCUUGCUGGAACAACAACAGGAGGAGGCAGAACAGCGUGCAAAAGAGGAGAAGGAGAAACGGGAGGAGGAGGAGUACCUGAAGCUGAAAGCCUCAUUUGUGGUCGAAGAUCAAGGCGAGGAGGAGCAUCUGACAGAGGACCAGUCCCGCAGACUCCUGCAAGAAUUCAUUCAGUACAUUGAGAGCACCAAAGUGGUUCUACUGGAGGACCUGGCAUCUCACUUCGGGAUGAGGACUCAGGAUACUAUUUCCAGACUGCAGGACUUACUAGCUGACGGAUCCCUUACAGGAGUGAUUGACGACCGAGGGAAGUUCAUCUUCAUCACUCCAGAAGAAUUGGACUCAGUGGCUCAGUUCAUCAGAAACAGAGGCAGGGUGUCCAUCACAGAGCUGGCCCAGGCCAGCAACUCCCUCAUCAACCUGCAACCCGAAACUCGCAACGUGGCCUGACACCCCCGGAUCCCUGUCCAGAGUAGCCAGACGGAUACAUCAAAAUACAUCUGGUCAUCAUCAAAGUUUUGGAUCAGGUGGCUGAAACUGCAUUUGCCCAACCAAAUAAACAGGCUGAUUCUGUGCUUUGUCUGGCCAUGAUUCAACGGGUUGUCUGGUUUUCCUGGCUCCUCUGCCUCUGACUUGGUCCUCCUCGGGUUAUCUCCCAUGUGGAUGCGGAGCCUCGAUCCUGAAAGCACAGGAGAAAGUGCUCGGCUUCUUAUCUUGACCCUUGUGAGUGACGUCUGCAAACCUUAAUGGUGACGCCAAGACUGCCCAAGUCAUCCCUGAGCUUGUCACAGGCCUCGAGCAGGGGAAGCCUCUCAGGGUAGAGUUCUCCUCUGCUGGACCCACUGGGAUGAUCCUUUUUGGUCAGGGCGAAUGCUCGGACCUGGCAUCGGAAGUUGGUCAGUUGUUCAAGGAUGGGCUCAAGGCUCACAGAGCUGCUGCCACCCAGUUCCUGCACAGAAAGUUCCCCUUCAAACCGGAUCUUUUGAUAGAAUGGUCACCAGCUUCAGAAAACCAUCCCUUUCAGAACAAUGCUUAUUACAUGAGAAAAUCAUUUUUGUGAAACGUGUUGUCUGUACAUCUUUUCAGUCGUGGAAAGUGAGAACACUGAAAACCAAAUGGAGGAAAUAAAAAUUCUGCUUCUAGUAUAGAAAAAGCCUGUGAAGUAAAUAGGGACGAAUAAAGAAUAUUUUUACAUUUGUCA